AUGGUGCUCUCACCUACUCCUUCUCUUCCUUCUACAUCUACGCCUCCCAGCGUGCCGUCCCCAGCAACUUCCGUGACCGAGCCAGAAGCGGAGGUUGCGGAAGAGACCCUUCACACUAUCAAUGACCUGCUACAAUCGCGAGCAAAAGGACACCAUGGAAAUGAACCUCUUGUUGCCUACCCGACAUCGGGAACGGAUUACAUCUACUAUACUCCCCGUCAAUUGGACACAUUCGUUGAAGCAGCUUCAGUCCACUACGCAAAAGCCAUCCCACAGCGACGUUUAGCCGAGGACCCUGUACAAGUGGUGGGAUUGUUGGGUCCAUCGGAUUUCGAGUACCUGAUCACUCUACUAGCCGUCUCCCGGCUCGGCCACACAGUCCUCCUGCUUUCAACACGCAUUGCAGAGGAUGCCUAUAUCAGCCUGGUCGAAAGCACCAAGGCCACCUUCCUCAUCACACACUCCAGCUUUCAGACAAUGGGAGACACGGUAGCGGGACGAACAGGCAUCACUCAGCAGCCAUUGCUGACGCGUGAAGACUAUGACGUCCCCCCUGCAGACAGCGUUUCCCUGUCCUCUGCUCAUCUCGAUGGCGCAAUCGAGGCCAAGCAUAUCUGCUGGAUCAUCCACUCCAGCGGCUCAACAGGCCAUCCAAAACCCAUCCACCAAACCCACUCCGGGGCUCUCAAGAACUACGCCAACAAUUUUGGCCUCCGGGGGUUUAUCACCCUGCCGUUGUUCCACGCCCACGGCAUCAGCUGUCUCUUCCGUGCGAUGCACUCCCAGAAGUUGAUCUAUAUGUACAGCGCCAACCUGCCGCUGACGGCCCCCAAUCUGCUAUCCACCUUGGAGGAACACCCUGAAAUCGACAUCCUGUACGCGGUGCCAUAUGCCCUAAAGCUGCUCUCAGAGUCAGACGAGGGACUGCAGAUGAUGGCACGUCUGGAACUCGUCAUGUUUGGGGGCUCAGCCUGUCCAAAGCCGAUCGGCGACAAGCUGGUGCAGAAUGGAGUCCGCCUGGUCUCCCACUAUGGAACCACAGAGACCGGUCAGCUGAUGACCUCGUUCCGCGAGCGAGACGAUCUGGACUGGGAUUAUGUGCGUCCAAGCCCAUCGGUAUUACCGUAUCUGAGCUGGGAAGAGCAAAUGCCGGGCAUCUACGAGCUGUGCGUCUUAAAAGGCUGGCCAUCUAAAGUCGCCAGCAACCGACCAGACAACUCCUAUGCAACCAAAGAUCUCUUCGAGAAGCACCCCACCAAAGCCAACGCCUGGCGCUACUAUGCCCGGUUGGACGACACCCUCGUGUUAGAGAAUGGCGAGAAGGCGAACCCGCUGGUCAUUGAGGGAGUCGCUCGUAACGACCCCAACGUGGCCGAGGCCAUUGCCUUUGGGGCUAACAAGCCUCGUCUGGGAUUAUUCCUGGUUCCUGCAACAAGUAGCCAGUGUGAGACAGAUGAGCAACUGAUCGAGACAAUCUUCCCUGCCAUCGAACUUUGCAAUGCGGAAUUGCCAGCUUAUGCCUACAUCUCCCGAGACAUGAUCCAUGUGUUGCCGCCAGACGCAGUCUACCGAAAGACAGAUAAAGGAACGGUGAUUCGCUCCGCCUUCUACCGGGAUUACCAGGAGCAGAUUGACCAGAUCUACGAUGCAGAAGAUGCCAGUGGAGACCAGGUGCUCGAGGGCGCCGGGCUGGUAUCUUUCCUCCGCGAGCAACUUCUUGCAGUAGCCCCGGCUAUCGAUCCCUCGACUCUAGAGGAAACAACCGAUGUCUUCAGCCUGGGGAUGGACAGCUUGCAAUCGAUCCGACUGCGGACUGCGAUCAUUCGAACCCUCGACAUCGGGGGCAACAAACUGUCCCAGAACUUUGUCUUCGAGCACCCGUCACUGCAGGCCAUGGCGGAGGCAUUGACUCGUCUGCGUCUGGGACAGGGACCUACAGAGCAGAUUGCAGUUGAGGAGCGCAUGGCCAGCCUGAUUGAGAAAUACAGCACCGAUUUCAAGACGCAUGUUCCUGUCCCUCGCGAAGGAGACGGGGAGCACAUCGUCGUGACUGGAGCUACUGGCUCCCUGGGGGCACACGUCGUCGCUCAGUUGGCUCAACUAGAGAACGUCAAAACCAUCUACUGCCUCGUCCGUGCUGAUUCCCGCGAAUCAGCCUUCCGUCGAGUGCACCAAUCACUCCGGACUCGCAAGCUGUCAUACAGCUUGACCCCGGCCACACAGCGCAAGAUCGUGGCAUUGCCAGCCGAUCUCUCAAAUCCGACACGAUUAGGCAUGGACGAAUCAAUCUACGCCCAUCUAAUGCACUCUAUAACAGCAGUCAUGCACUGCGCGUGGUCCGUCAACUUCAACUGGUCUUUAGAAAGCUUCGAGGGCAGCUGCAUCGCAGGCACCCGCCACUUACUCGACCUCUGCCUGGAUAUCCACGCUCCCCAUCCCGCGCGCUUUUCCUUCUGCUCAUCGGUAAGCACCGUCGCUCGCACCCCAGGGCAAUGGGUCCCCGAAGCCCUACCGGACACUCUUGCCUGUGCACAAAGGAUGGGAUACGCGCAGUCAAAACUAGUAACAGAACACAUCGUGAACCGCGCGGCGCAACACACCGGAAUGACCGCUCGAGUACUGCGCGUAGGCCAGAUCAUCGCCGACACUGCCCGCGGGAUCUGGAACGCAACCGAAGCCAUUCCCAUGAUUUUCCAAACUGCAGAAACCAUCCAUGCCCUACCCCAGCUCGACGACAUCCUCUCCUGGACUCCCGUGGACAUGAUCGCCACCAGCGUGAUUGACCUAACCCUUGCCCCUGUUGCCGGCGCCGUGAUGAAUGUAAGCAACCCGACUCUCGACCACUGGACACGAGACCUGCUUCCUCUCUUAAGACAAGCAGGGUUAGAAUUCGAGGAGCUCCCACAGCGCGAAUGGCUGCAGCGUCUUCGCGACUCAAACGCAGACCCUGAUACCAAUCCCCCAAUCAAACUCCUCGAGUUCUUCACAAGCAAAUACGACCACGACCUACCCAGCCGUGCCCUCCUCUACGACACCAAACAGGCUGUAUCUGCUGCCCCAGCCCUCCGCGAAGCAGGCGGACUCACCCCCGAACUGGUCACCAAAUUCAUCGACUUCUUCCGCACCCAGUGCUGGACCACCACCUCCUCCUCCCAAUCCCCACAGCAAGUCAUAUUCCUAACCGGCCCCUGCGGCAGCGGCAAAACCACCUUAUCCCAAGCCUUAGCCCGGCAAUUCCCCCUCUCCGUGAUCAAAGGCGACGACUUGCAUUCCCCCGCGUCCCGAGAAAAGAUGUCGCACGGAAUCCCCCUCCAAGACAAAGACCGAUGGGCCUGGCUAGCACAUAUCCGAGGGGCAGUAAUGGAUCGACUCCAACAUUCUGAUUCAACCACUCGGGGGGUGGCAGUGACAUGUUCCACAUUGCGGACUGUGUAUCGGGAUGAAUUGCGACGGUUGGCGGAUUUAUUGGAUUUUCCGGUGACCGUGACGUUUUUGUUGUUGGUUGUGAGGGAUAGGGAGGAAUUGAAGGGGAGGAUGGUUGGGAGGGAGGGACAUUAUAUGCCGGAGGGGAUGGUGGAUUCCCAGGUGGAUCUUUUGGAGGAGCCGUUGAUGUCGGAGGGGGAUGUGAUUACUCUCGAUGCCGGGGGGGAUAUGGCGGGGGUGUUGGAGGAGGUGGAGGGGUUUGUGGGGGAGAUUUUGCGGUUAUAA